AUGGCUACAGACCAGACAUUUUCAGGGGGUCGGGAGAAACCCCAAGGCAGCCCCGGGUCAGAGCUGUCGCAGUCUGUACCAUUGCCAGGAGCCCAAGACAGCAACUGUGAGACUUGGCACCUGAGCUUCAGGGCGUUUACGAGCUCCGAGAAGUCGGACCCCCUCGACGACCUGGGGAGGCUCAGUGAGCUCUGCUACCUGUGGCUAAGGCCGGACCUUCACACCAAGGAGCAGAUCCUGGACACGCUGGUGAUAGAGCAGUUUAUGAUCUCCAUGCCUCAGGAGCUUCAGGUCUUAGUCAAGGAAAGUGGUGUGCAGAGCUGCAAAGACUUGCGAGACCUGCUGAGAAGCAACCAGACCCCCAAGAAAUGGACCAUAGUCACCUUACAAGGACAGGAAUUUCUUGUGCAAAGUUCAGAUGCUCAGAUGGCCGAAGCUGAGGUCAGUGACAUGGACCUCGUGACGGACCUGUCCAAGAAGCCCCAAUCCUCUGUGAGCGAGACACAUCCAGAGGACAGCCAGAAAGUCAGCAGACAGCGGCAGAAUCUGCCAGGAGUCAAUUUGGUUGCCCGUUGUCAGGGACAGAACGUUCUCCUGCCAGAGACCAUUCCUGGGAAAGGUGUACGGGAGGGUCUGAGACCCAAGGAGAACUUGAAGAAGAAUCUGAUGGAAGAUCUGGAAGAGACAACAAUACUGACAUCCCAAGAGCCUCAGCUUCUGCAGGGUCCUGGUUUGUUGGUUGAUGGGAAGUUCUCAGCCCACAGCAGUGGGCUCGGUUCAGACGAGCCUUCAGACCUCCGAGUCCACCAGCGAAUCCACACAGGCGAGAAGCCAUACUCCUGUGAACUCUGCCACAAGACGUUCACCCACGACUCCACCCUGCGGAGUCACUGGAGGGUCCACACAAAGGAGAAGCCUUACCCGUGUGAAGACUGCGGGAAAACUUUUAGUCACAAAGGGAACCUCAACGUCCACCGGCGCACCCACUCGGGAUUAAAACCCUACACGUGUCACGAGUGCAAAUGCGCCUUUCGUCAGCUGGGAACUUUUAAACGCCACCAAAAAACACAUGCAAAGUGA